GUCUGCCAUGUUCCACCACUCCAGCUGCUGUUGAACCAAAUCCACUGCAUAUGCACGCCGCUGCGCCGAGCGCCGCUCUCUGGUGGACCCAAGACAACCAGAAGUGAGACUUCCACUCCUCUCCGCCAGCGCCCUCCCCCCUUGCCGGAGCGCAUCCCGAAAAAUCUACCCUGCAACACAUCAGUGAGGGCCUGGCGCACCAGCCGCAGAUCUGACUGCACGAUCGAGCCGAGAGGGCGCGCUGCCGUCCCCACUGGCGCUGGAUGUCGAUAUAUCAGCACGGCCAUGCGGUCAACAUGGGCAUGAUGAAUCCCGAUGCGAGCGGGUUGACGAGUUCGAAUGGCCUCGACAUGGACAUCAGUCUGCCCAUGGAUUUGGACCUCGAUCUGUCGGGCAACGGUGACCAGGCAUUCAAUCUCAUGAGUGCCUCGACCGCGCCCGCAUCGGCAUCGAAUAGUAACGCCAUUGCGAGCAACGGCAAUGGCGACUACACGCCGCAGGGCCAGCAGCAGCAGCAGCAACAGCAGGAUGGCAACGCGCCAGCUGGUGGUGCGGGUGCAGGCCCGCUGCCGACAGGCUUCGGGAUGCCACCGCAAACGAACCAGAGCACCUUGACAGAGUUCACGAAGAGACGGAAUUGGUCGCAAAGGAUUAUUGAGGAGCUGAAAGAUUUUCUGCACAUUCUGACGCCGGAUGGCCGGAUACUAUACGUCUCGCCGUCAUGCAAAACAAUAACGGGGUACGAGCCGCACACGCUCAUUGGAAAGUUCAUUGGGGAGUACGUGCAUCCGGACGACAGCGGGAUAUUCAUGCGGGAGUUCAACGAGAGCAUUGCCAGUGGUAACGCCCUGCGCUUCUUUUACCGCUUCAAGAAAGACAAUGGAACCUACAUGAUCUUCGAAUGCGAUGGCCAUCCACAUAUAUCACCGGAGCCAGCGGGUGCAGGCAAUUUUGCGCAUCAGUCUGAAAAUAACCAGAACAUGCACGUUGCGGGCAUGUGUCGAGGGUUUUUCAUGAUGGCACGGCCGUACCCAACGAAGAAUGCAGCGUUAUUGGACUCUUUCCUGGAACACAAAAUUGAGAACGAGCGAUUAAUGAGGCGUAUCAAAGAGCUGAGGGAAGAGGAAAAAGAAGAGACUGCCGAACAGGAUCGCAUGUUCAGAGAGCAGACAUUCCAAGCCGGUGCUACACCCUCGCAUUCUGGCAUGGGUGGCUCAAGAGAGCCCGAGAGCGGCUCGGAAGUCCCUGCUAACGACACACCCAACUACCAAGGCAUGCCGCCGCCUGCGAAACCGUCCAUCUCGAACACACAACUGACCCGGCAGAAUCUGGACAGUGCGCUCUCCGCUCAGAAGCCUGACAGUAUCGCCGAUAAGAUGUCGCGCUACGAAGCAAACAACACCCACCUGGAGAGCAUCGAGUUGUUAACAGGUUUACGAUAUCGGGAUGGAGAACGCAGUCAUGGUAUCAGCACAGGCGACACAUCACCUGCACUGAUCCGAGGCGAUGCUGGCAUUGCGAUUCUCCUCGACCGCGACAGGGAAAACUCGAAGAAGGAAAAGAAGAAACUGAAGGUUGCUGAUGAGUACGUGUGUGCGGACUGCGGCACGCUAGACUCUCCUGAAUGGCGCAAAGGACCCAAGGGUCCCAAGACGCUUUGCAAUGCAUGUGGCCUGAGGUGGGCGAAGAAAGAGAAGAAGCGUUCGGGCGAUGAUGGGAAGCCUGAGAAUAGCCCCAUUUCCAGCAUGUCCGUUCAUCAGAGCAUGCCUAUGAGCAUGCCUACGGGCCUGACGGGCUUUGGGCAGCCAGCUGGCAUGCCCAUGCAGCACAGUAGUGCAUCCUCGUAAAGGCGUGGCAAAGGUGACGAAGGCUUCAUGAGAGCAGACAAUCUCACGAUCUGGGCCCUUUGGACACGAAUGAUCCAUUGGCGCACCAGAGCCAGCGCAGAUGUGGGCAAGAAGCUACGACUCUGAUCAAAGGUAUCAGCCUUUAUGAACAGACUCUGCAGGUAUAGUAGCCUACAUGCUUGUUGGCUAUGAAAAGACACGAUGUGCAUGGAAAGACGGUCAUUGCUCAGGCAUUGUAGAUGCGGUCGAGAGCAACACGAUCAUCAUAGGGAGAUUCGGGAUUCGGGAUCAGAUCAAGGAGUUUUGUUGGAAUGGGUUUGGCUUCGAUAUGCGUGCGCGCAUAGGUAGUCACAGUGUAUUGAUCAUGUUGAACGACGAGUUAGAUAGGUCAUUGCAUGGCAGCAGAAACCUGUUGGCAUGCAGACAGUACAGCAGUAGUACCUAGUCACAGUUUCU